AUGUCAACAAAGAAUAUAAUCUAAUUGUUUAUCGUUUGCUCCUCCUUUCAUUUAGGUAAUUUAUAGUAUAUAUGUUUAAGCUUAAUCAUGUAAUGAAAAUUAAUACUCUAAAUCUUCAAUGUUUGGGUCAAGUUGUCAAAACUGCAUGGAUCAUUGUGAUACAUGUACUAAUUCUGAUAGUUGUAUUCUAUGUUCGAAUGGAUAUUACUAUAGAAAAGUAGAAAAGUGUACAAUUUGGUGUUCAUAUGAUUAUAAUUGCGAGCCUUGUCCAACUUCUUGUACUUUAUGCACAUCAGACAUUAAUUGUAGUAAUUGUGCUAUUGGAUAUUAUAUAUAAGAAAAAACUUGUUUAAAAUGUUUGGGAUCCUGCUUGACUUGUUAAAAUAGUGGAAACAACUGUACAAAUUGUAUUGAUUCAAGUAAUUAAUAAACACCGAAUUGUGAUUGUUAAUUACCAACAAAAUAUUUGGAUUCUUCAACUUAUUAUUGCUUAGAUUGUUAAUAACCUUGUAUAAACUGUAGCUCAUUAACAUCUUGUGAUUCGUGUAUUUCAACUCAUAUACUUAAUGAUCAUACAUGUAUUCCUUGUACUAAACCAUGUUAUGAAUGUAAUAUAACAAUAAAAACAUGUAUAUCUUGUAUUGAUAAUUUACAUUAAUUAACACCUACUUGUUAAUGUGAAGAUGGAUAUUAUUUAAAUGAUUUAACAUUUAUGUGUGAUUAAUGUUUAUUUCCAUGUUUGACUUGUGAAACAAAUGAUUCUACUUGUUUAUCAUGCAAAUCAACAUAUACAUUAAUUGAAAAUAGUUGCUCUUGUUUAAUUAAUGAAUUUGAAGAUGAUACUAUCCCAAAAGUUUGUUCUUAAUGUUUAAGUCCUUGUUAUACAUGUGAAGAUUCAUCAACUAAUUGUCUAUCUUGUAUAAGUGGAUUAAAUAGACAUAUAAAUAAUUAAACUUGUAUUUGUGAUGAUGGUUAUUUUGAAAAUGAAACAUGUAAGCCUUGUAUUUUACCAUGUAUAUUUUGUACUUCAGAUUAAAUUUGUCUAUCUUGUAAUGAUUAACUCACAUAAAUCUUACCAUAUUGUUUAUGUAAAGAUGGAUAUUUUAUGGAUGAAUCACAUUAAUGUUAAUUAUGUAAUCAUCCAUGUAUAAAAUGUGCUAUUAAUUCUAAUUCCUGUUUAGAAUGUGCUCCUACAUUUAAUUUUAAUAGUACAACUAAAACUUGUAAUUGUUUAGAUGGAUAUUAUGAAGACUUAAAUUAUCAUCCAUCAAGAUGUGAGUUGUGUACUGGUACUUGUAAAACUUGCUAAAAUUUAUCAACUUUUUGCUUGUCUUGUCUUUAUGAUUAAUAAAUUCUUAAUGAAUAACACUAAUGUAUUUGUUAGGAUCAUUCUGUUUUAAUUGGUAAUAUAUGUGAAUUAUGUGUUCCUCCAUGUAUUAAAUGUUAAACAACUACUGAUUAUUGUACUUAAUGUUAAGAUAUUCAUCAUAUAAUUGACAAUGGUUAAUGUAAAUGUGAUUAAGGUUGGAUAAGUGAUAAUAAUAAUAAUUGUAUUAAAUGUUAAUCUCCUUGUUUAACUUGUUCAGUAAAUUAGAAUCACUGUGAUUCUUGUAUUGAUGAGAAUCAUAUUCUUAAUUCAAAUUAUAAUUGUCUAUGCAAAGAUUUAUUUUAUGCUGAAUCUUUAGAUUCAUGUUCUCCUUGUUCACCUUUAUGUGCUACUUGUAAUUAAGAUGGAUGUUUGACAUGUAAAGAUUCAAAUCAUAUAUUAAUCAAUAAUUAAUGUUAAUGUUAAAAUGGAUAUUAUAUGAAUGAUUAUUCCUGUUAUGAAUGUUAAACACCUUGUUUAGAUUGUUUAAUCAAUGCUAAUCAUUGCAUAUCUUGUGUUGAUAAUAAUAAAUAUAUCUUAGAAUUUAAUAUAUGUAAUUGUAGAGAUGGAUAUUAUUUUAAUGAUGAUUUAUGUCUAAAAUGUUCUCCUUAAUGCUAAACUUGUGUAGAUGAUCCAAAUAAAUGUCUCAAAUGUUCAGAUACUAAUUUAAUAUAGAUAUAAAAUGAAUGCAAAUGUCAAGUUGGAUACUAUUAUAAUGAAGAUUUUGAAUGUUCAUUAUGCAAAAUUGAAUGUGUUAGUUGUAAUUCAUUUGAAAAUUGUACUCAAUGUUAAGAAUAAUAUUACUUAGAUGAAAAUUAAUAAUGCAUUCAUUGUAUCCAGAAUUGCAAACAAUGUUUAAAUUUUUAAUCUUGUGAUUAAUGUUAGGAUGGAUAUUUCUUUAUUGAUUAUUAAUGUAAAGAGUGUAUUCCAAAUUGUAAUACAUGUGUAAAUUAAUCAGAUAAUUGUACUUCUUGUAUUAGCCUCUUUGAUUUAGUUGAUAAUAAAUGUAUAUGCAAAUUAGGAUAUUACAUGGAUAAUUCUGAUUGCUUUAAAUGUUAGUAUCCAUGUAAAAAUUGUAUUUCAUUAUAAAUUUGUAUGUAAUGUUCUUAAAUUGAACAUAUUACUCUUGAAAAUGAUUCUUGUAUUUGUAAAUAAGGAUAUUAUUUAAAUUAAAACUAAUGUUUAGAAUGUCAUUUUAAAUGUAAAUCUUGUAAUUCAUAUAAUGAAUGUAUAAAAUGUGAUUAGAAUAAAAUAUUAUAGAAUAAAGAUUGUAUUUGUAAUUCUGGGUAUUUUUAAACUGAAAAUUACGAAUGUUUAUCAUGCAAUUCAAUUUAAGGUAAAAGCAUCGAAAAUUGUAAAUAUAAAGAUUGUACAGAUAAACUAUGGACAUUUGGAGAAGAUUGCGAUGAUGGAAAUUAAAUAGAAAGAGAUGGGUGUACUUAUUGUAUAAUAGAUCCCCAUUAUAUAUGUAUAAAUAAAAUACUUGAACCUUCAAUUUGUUUUAAAUGUAGUGAUAAUUGUAAUUAAUGUGAUUUUAAUUAAACAAAAGAUUCCACUAUUUGUACUCGUUGUGAAUAAGGAUACUUUAUUAAAUAAUCAUUAUGUAUUAAAUGUGCUCAAUAAUGUCUCUAAUGUAUUAAUACUGCAUCUAAUUGUACUUAAUGCCGAUUUAAAUUAAAUAAUUUAGGUUAAUGUUUAAAAUGUGAAGAUACUAUAGGCUAAUACUCUAAUUAUGAAACUAACACAUGUUUUACUAUGUGUGGUGAUGGAAUAAUGAGUUUUGAUGAAGAAUGUGAUGACGGUAAUAAAUUAAAUGGAGAUGGUUGUAAUGAAAUAUGCAGAUUAGAAAAAUAAUUUGUUUGUAAAGAUUCAGUUUGUAUCAAACCUGAUUUACCUAUUCCAUCUUUAAAACCAUUAGGUGAUCAAUCUAUAUACAAUAAUUUUAGAUUAUUUCAAUUAUCCUACAAUAUCCUCCUAGAAUAUAGAAAUGAUAUAGAUUUUAAUAAAGAUGUUGAAGUAAUUAUUCUGAAUGGUUAAGCAGAAAUUAAUAUAAAGUAAUAAAGUGAUAUCAUCUCUAAUAUGAAUAUAUUUAAUUCAUCCAAACUCAACUUAACUGUCAAUAUAUAGAUAUCUUUGAAUUAAAGUAUAAGUAAUUAAGAACUCAUAAUUAAUUUUACUAACCUUUCUCAUUAUAAAUCGAUGGAUGGUUAUUAAUAAUAAUUAUAGAUAGUAAAAACUAAGAUUGCUGAUUUUAUCUUGGUAGAUGUAUCCAUAGUUUAAUAGGUUGAAAUUGCUACUUCAAGUAAUUAAUACAUAUUAUAUGCUAUUGGAACUAUGAGUGGAACUGCUCUUUUAUUUGGAGGCUUAGAUAUUUUUUAUAAUCUUUUAGAUACAAUAUAAUUAUUGUCAUAUCUAAAAUAUAUUAACACGCAAUUUCCAUUUAAUUUACAAUAAUUUUUUAACUGCUUUCAAUUUGUACAAAUGAAUUUUAUUUAAAAAUAUUUCGAUUUUUAAGAUCUUUUUAAUUCAUAUCUGAUUGAUGAAAACUUUAACAACAUUCCACUCAAGAUUAAAUAAGAUGAAUUAACACCACUAUUUAUAAUAAAUAGUGCAUCUGUUAUUUUUAUUUGGUUUACUUUAAUGAUAAUAUACUUAGCUUCAAAAAAGAUUCCAUAUUAUUUACAUCGAAUCAAUUUCAAAUACUAUGAUGAUGAAAUACCAAAUAAUAAAAUCAGUUUCAUUCUUAAGAUUAAAUAUAUAAUUUUAGCUUUGAAAAUAUCAAUAACAAGAUUUUGUCUAAAAGUAUUACGUGAAUUCUUUUGUAGUGGAAUCUAUAGAGUAAUAAUCACAACUGCUUAUGAUUUCACUUUUGCCAUUGUUCUCUAAUUAUAUUCAUUAGACAUAGUGUCAUAAAAUAUUUUAAUUAGAUUAAGCUCAUUACUUGCAUUAUUGUUGUUUUUCUUUUACUUAUUUAUAAUAUAUCAUAUAAUCAAAUUGAGUAGUUAAGAUAAAUAUGCAUUCACAAAUUAUCAAAAUAACCUUAAAUAUGGAACUUUGUUUGAGGGAGUUAAGAAAAAUAGUGUCAGUAAAUAUUUUAAUGUUAUACUCUUGACUAAAAAACUAUUUUUUAUGUCAACUUUAAUAUUUUGUUAUGAUGUUCCAACAAUUUAGAUAAUAAAUUUAAUUAUCUUGACUACUAUUUAAUCUUAUUUUUUGGUUUCUUUUAAGCCGCUUACUGAUUAUAAAGAAUUUAUAAAAUAAUUUAGUUGUGAACUUAAUAUUUCUAUCACAUUAUUGUUAUUAUUAAUAUUAAGUGUAAAUGAAUAAUUAAGAAUAUUUACGGAAGAUGUAAAAACUUAUUUAGGAUGGAGUUGCAUUGCAAGUAUCACUGCUAUUUUAUUAAUAUAAUUAAUUAUAGAUGCUAUUCAAUAAUGGAUGUUUCUAUUACAGAAGUAUAAAAAGUUAAAAAGAUUUUUUAAUAAUAUUUUAAAACUAUUCAAACCAGACUUAUUAAAAUAAGUAGAUCAUAAUUUAUUUAUGACAGCCUGA